AUGGAUCGAAUGGAAGUUGUUGGACCAGCAGCUCAGAACCUGUCCGAGCUCAAGGGAUCCUGCGGAGAGGGUCUGACGCGCGAGCUGCGAGUGACGGCCAUCCACGACCCUCCGUACUUCAUCAUCACUGAGCGGGAGGACGGCUCGCUGCUCUACGACGGCUACCUGUUCCAGCUGUGGCAGGUCGUGGCCAGCCAGCUGUGCCUGCGGUACCGCAUGGUGCCCCUACUGACGGGAGGUUACGGCAGUCUCGCCAAGAACGGCACAUGGGUGGGCAUGGUGGGAGAGCUAGCCUACGGGCGGGCCGACGUGGCGCUCACCUGGGUGCUGUUCCGCGAGGACCGGGCCACAGUGGUGGACUACGUGGAAGCCGUGCCGGUGCAGCAGAACCAGUACACGUUCUACGUGCCUCAGAGCUCCGGAGAGGUGCCACCACUCACGCUGGACAUGUAUAACGCCCUCUGGCAGCCGCUACACCUACACGUCUGGUGGACGCUGGUCGCCUUUCUGUUCCUCAUCGCAGCGGUGCUGCGUCUCUCCUGCCGCGUCGGCAGUACCACCAGCGAGACAAACCCUCAGAUGACCGAGAUGGGCUGGAGCGCCUGUCUGCUCGCCAGCCUCAUGACAUUCGUCUCGCAGGGGUGGGCCUAUACACCCGGCUCGCCGGCCGCCCGCACCGUGGCUCUCUCCAGCUGGAUGCUGGGUCUGCUCAUCUACAGCACGUACACGGCCAACCUGAUCUCCCACCUGACUGUCACCACGGCCGAGCGUUCCAUCACCAGUCUGGAGCAGUUUUCCAAGCAGCGCGGCUGGGUACUGGCAGCGGAGCCAGGGCUCGGGGUCCUGAACGACUGGAAAACCAGCAGCAGCGUCUACGAACGGGAGCUGUUUGAGCGGACUGUCACAGGGGAGGGCUACGUCAAGCUAGACGUCUCCAAGGAGGUGGUCCACCGCACCAUCCAGCCCAAAGUUCUCACCUACAUCGACAUCACCAAGCUGUUCUACGCUCUGGGUACCGAGGCCUGUACUCUAGUACCCCUGCUGGACAACCUGCCUCCCAAGGCGCGUAACUUCAUGCUAGUAGCCAAGGGCCUUGACCGAGAGAGGCAGGCCAUCACCAGCGCCAUGAUGCGGAUGAAGGAAGCGGGUGUCAUGCAGCGUGUGAAGCGCCAGUGGAUAUCGUCGGGUGACCUGUGCACACCGUCCACGGAGACGCGCUCGAUGACCUUCGGUGACCUGCUGGCCGUGCUGUCGAUCGUACCGGCCGCGGUGACCUGCAGUGUCGCUGUGCUCGUGUUUGAGUGGGUGCGUUACGCGCUGGACGGUCGUCGGUGA